AUGUCAUACCACAACCUCCUGGAUCUUUUGGAGUACGCGGUGGUGAAUCAUGGUAUUCGAAAAGUCAUCACUUAUUCUCCUGGCGACACUACCAAUCCAAAAGUCACAAUAUACGCGGAGAUUCAGCGCGAAGCCCGUCAGAAAUGCGAAAUUCUGCGCUCUUUAGAUGGGUUCAGUGAAGGGAAGAUUGUCUUGCUCCAUUUGAACGACCACUUCAACGUGAUCACCUGGUUCUGGGCUGCUCUUUACGCGGGAUGUCUACCUGCAAUAUCUACUCCCUUUUCACAAAAUGAGGGUAGUAGAAAUGCUCAUAUCGAGCAUCUGUCAAAGACGUUGAUAAGUCCCAUAUGUAUCACCAACCGGAGUUCACUAGAUCAAUUCUCUGGGCAACAUAUUCUCCGACCUAUCGCUGUGGAGUCACUCCAUAAGAUUACCCAGAAGGUUUCAGAUAUUUCCGUCAAAGAACCAACUCCUGAAGAUACGGCUUUGCUUAUGUUAACCUCGGGAAGCACUGGAAAUGCCAAAGCAGUGUGCUUGAGCCAUGGUCAGAUACUGACCGCCGUGGCUGGUAAAGCCUCAGUAAUCCGGCUACCUCAGGACGGCUCAUUUUUGACCUGGAUUGCUCUCGCUCAUGUUGCGAGCAUGGUCGAAAUACACAUACAGGCGCUCUUCCUUGGCGUAGACCAAGUCCAUGUGCCACCCGCUGAGAUCAUUACCAAUCCACUUGAAUUCCUACGUCUUAUAGAUCGCCACCGAGUUUGUCGGACAUUCGCACCGAAUUUCUUCCUUGCCCGCUUACGGAAUGCUCUGGAGGCUACUUCAGAAGUGCCGGAAACUUGGGACUUGAGCUGUCUCCAGUAUCUUGCAUCUGGAGGCGAGGCAAAUGUGAUUGAGACCUGUGCUGCUGUCACGAGGCUCUUAAUGAAGUUUGGUGCUCCAGAGAAAACUAUCAUUACGGGAUUCGGCAUGACUGAGACAUGCGCUGGCGCUAUAUUCAAUACUAGUUGCCCAGCCUACGACCUUGCUAAUAGGCUCGAGUUUGCUUCUGUUGGCCGUUGCAUGCCGGGAAUUGAGAUGCGUAUUACCUCUCAAGGUGAACAAGUUGCCUUGGGAGCGAAUCAAGCUGGAGACCUGGAGGUCACAGGCCCUGUGGUAUUCAAGAAAUAUUUCAACAAUGAAGAGGCAACUGCGAGUGCAUUUACAAAAGAUGGAUGGUUCAAGACUGGUGAUCAGGCUAUGAUUGACGUAGCCGGACAUCUCAGGCUUAUAGGCCGAAGCAAAGACAUGUUAAUUGUCAAUGGAGUUCACUACAACCCCGAAGAGAUUGAGUCUAAUAUCGAAGAUGCCAGGAUUCCCGGCGUGGCAAGCAGCUUCACUGCUUGCUUCUCGUCGUUGCGGCCUCCUGCUCAAACCGAGAGCAUAUACGUGGCAUUCCUUCCAACAUACGGCAACGAGGACAUAACAGUACACCUUGAUACCUUGAAUGCCAUCUCACGAGUCACGAUGAUGCAGACCGGUGCACGACCAGAGAUCAUACCUCUCGAUAAAGCUGCACUCCAGAAAUCGACACUGGGCAAGCUCUCACGGACGAAACUCAAGCACGCUUUCGAGAAAGGCGAUUUUGUCUCGUACGAAGAAUCCAGUCGCGAGAAAGUAUUGCGUUACCGAGCAUCACACCACCAGGCGCCCGCGAAUCCGACAGAGGAGCUCCUCUUGAGGGUUUUCUCCAGCGUUCUGCAGAUCCAAGACGACGAUUUUGAUGUCGAGACGCCAAUCUUCGAGUUGGGGAUCACAUCUAUCGAGUUGAUCAGCCUGAAGCGCAGCAUCGAGGAGCAUCUGGACUUGACCGCCACAAUCCCAAUAAUCACCUUAAUGACGAACCCUACGAUCCGCUCUCUGGUUAAGGCUCUCAAAGACGUCGACUCGCCCACCACCAAACCACAAUAUGCGCCCGUGGUGACCAUCCAGCCGCAUGGCACCAAACAGCCCCUCUGGCUGGUCCACCCUGGCGUCGGCGAAGUUCUUAUCUUCUUGAAUCUGGCAAGGUACUUUCCUGAUCGUCCGAUAUAUGCCUUCCGCGCCCGCGGAUUCAGUAAAGGCGAACCUCACUUCACUAGCAUCGAGGAAGCAACGGCCACAUAUCACAGCGCUAUGAAGAGCCGCCAGCCGCAGGGACCAUACCUGUUAGCCGGAUAUAGCUACGGCUCCAUGCUCGCCGUCGAGACGGCCAAGAUGCUCGAAAGCAACGGCGACAAGAUAGGAUUUCUGGGGGUUUUCAACCUGCCGCCGCAUAUCAAGGUGCGCAUGCAGCAGCUCGACUGGGUGGCGUGUCUCCUGCACCUAUCCUACUUCCUAGAUCUCAUCACUGAGGCCCAGUCGCGGGAGCUGGCCGCGGAGCUCUGCGCUGCGCCCCGCGAAGAGGUGCUGGCGGAGGUGCUCACGCAAGCGGAUCCGUGCCGGUUGGCCGAGCUGUCGCUCACGCCCGUGGCGCUCGUCAACUGGGCGAAUCUGGCGUUCGAUUUGCAGAGCAUGGCGGUCGAAUACGAGCCCUCGGGCUCGGUGGCGAAGAUGGAUGUGUUCUACUGCACGCCGUUGGCGGUCGUAGCGCAGAGCCGGGAGCAGUGGCUGCGGGAGCAUUUGGUUCUGUGGAGGAACUUUGUGCGCGCGGGGGGUGUAGCGUUUCAUGAGGUUGGGGGAGAGCAUUAUACGAUGCUGGGGAAAGAACACGUUUUUACGUUCCAGAAGACUUUGAAGAAGGUAUUGAAGAGUAGGGGAUUCUGA